UGCGACAGGGCGGGCGGUAAAGAUCAAGAAAAAGUUCUCUAAGGUUUUGCGUGUGAUAGUGAAGUAUUAACCGACACUAUGGUUCAGACUGUCGAUGUCACUGGUUUGAGCAGUUAUAAGGAGGAAGUGGCUAAGCAUAAAGAUAAGACAGUAUUUGCGUUGUUUACCGGAUCGCCGGAUAGCUCCGGCAAGAGUUGGUGUCCGGAUUGUGUUAGAGCUGAUGGUGUAAUCCACAGCGCUUUAUCCAAAGCGCCAAACGAUGCUGUGUUCAUCAACUGCUUAGUGGGAGAGAGGGCAGUGUGGAAAGAUCCCAACAAUGAGUUCCGGAAAGAACCCACCUUGAUGCUGAAAGGGGUUCCUACACUCAUCAAAGUAGGCACGAAGAACCGUUUGGUGGAGGCGGAGUGUGCCAAAGAGGAUCUGGUCACCAUGUUGUUUACAGAGGACUGAUGCUAGUGUCCAGCACCGUCUGCUUUCUGCUCAACCAUGGGCUCACGACAACCACUCAUAUCUCUGCCUAUUCCACGGCAUACUCAGACAAGUAUCAAUGUAACAAGGACUAGCAUCUUGGACAGGUUGGCUGUGAAGAAUGUCAAUCAAUCAAUCAAUCAAUCAAUCAGUCAAUCAUGAUGGAAUUAGAAGAAAAGAAUCAAGAUAAUUGGACAAUUAAUUUUUUGUCUGUAUGGAACAAGACAGAAAAUUGAGAUAAAUUUG